UUAGCGCCUUAUGGCACGGUGCCAGCAUGUCAGAAGCUAAGGGUGGCUCUAAGCUGAGGCAAUAUCUUCUGCAACACAACAAUUAAAAUCAGUGUAUAACAAAAUUAGUAUGUAAUUAUAAUAAGUAGUAAAUAAUUUCGUUUGGAUGGGGAUCGGCAAAAUUAUUAGGUAAAUAAAGUUUUACCAUAAAGAGGUAAAAUGUAUAAUAAAGCAUAUUGUCAAGGGUUUUCUUGGCGUGUAUAUUUACAUAUACAUUAUAAUAGAUGAUAUUAUAUAUAGAUGAUAUUUGCUAAAUUAUAAGUGUCAAACACACUUAUAAUUUAGCAAAUAUCUUGCGUUCUGCUUUGAUAUAGCACAAGUUCUCAUGUUGUUUGAACAAUUAUAUUUUUAUGCGUGUCCCCUACAUUGUAAAAUAGUGAAAUAGUAAUUUCAGCAAUUCAUACUCUUGAAUUAUGUAAAUUGAAUAUUUAGUGGUAAAUUAUGCCUGGCGUUUGACAUUAUUUAAUUCUAUCGUAAUUUAUUUUUCAGAAGUUCACCUAAGGGACCUCAGUUUUCUGAAAUUCUGCAUUAUCUAAAGGAUGAUCGAAAUAAUUCACCUAAUGAUUUCCGGGCCGUAAAGGAUGCUGAAGACAUGGAAAAUAUGUUUGAAAUUAUAGAGGACAUCAUCCUUCAGGAAAAAUUGAAUACUCAUGCAAAGAAUGUCGAUGAACUAUUUUGUGGUUCCUACGAUAGUGUGUUACCUCGUGAAUCGAUUCAGAACAUAUCAAUUUCCAAAAAUAGUAAUACUUCGGUUACGGAUCGUCCCGAAGCCUAUGAUGUCAACUCAGAAAUGAUCGCCUCGAUGGAGCAGAAGAACUCUUGGCCCUGCACUGUAUGCGGCAAAAUUUUCAUGUACAAGAUAUCCCUUUUGAAACACAUAAGCUUGAAUAAUUGCCUGCAAUGCAAAAUUUGCAACCAGAACUUUGACGUGUUAGAAGAAUUUAAACGUCACGGUUGGACGUGUCGUAGACGUCUGACGUGCCGCAAGUGUUCCUUCAAGGCAAGUACAUUGAAAGAUAUGAGUGAACACAUGAAAUCGGUACACAAUACUAUCGACGUUAAACCGAUACCUUGUGACAUAUGCCUCAAGAAUUUUGCGACGCAACGUAAUCUUAAGAGACAUAAGGAAACUGUUCAUGUGGAGACGUUGCUGAAAUGUCCUGCAUGCGGCAGAAAGUUCCGAUACAAUGUUUCCUUCAAGAAACACAUAAACUUGAAUAAUUGCCUGCAAUGCCAAAUUUGCGACCAGAACUUUGACGUGUUAAAAAAAUUUAUUCGUCACUAUACCAUGUGUCUUAAAUCUGAGUAUACCUGUCGCGAGUGUUCUUACAAGACACAUACAAAGAACUGUUUGAUUAAACACAUGAAAUCAGUACACUAUGGUACCGACGUUUUACCAAUAUUUUGUGACAUAUGCUUCAUGAGUUUUGCGACGCAGACUUCUCUUAAGAGACAUAAGGAAACAGUUCAUGUGGACACGUUGAUAAAAUGUCCUCCAUGCGGCAGAAGAUUCCAAUACAAGGCAAACUUCGAGAAACACAUAAACUUGAAUAAUUGCCUGCAAUGCCAAAUUUGCGACCAGAAGUUUGACGUGUUAGAAAAAUUAAUUCGUCACUAUACAAUGUGUCUUAAACCUGAGUAUACCUGUCGCGAGUGUUCUUACAAGACACGUACAAAGAACUGUUUGAUUAAACACAUGAAAUCAGUACAUUAUGGUAUCGACGUUUUACCGAUAUUUUGUGACAUAUGCUUCACGAGUUUUUCGACGCAAAGAAGUCUUGUGAGACAUAAGGAAACAGUUCAUGUGGACACGUUGAUGAAAUGUCCUGCAUGCGGCAGAAAGUUCCGAUCCAAGGUUUUCUUCAAGAAACACAUAAACUUGAAUAAUUGCCUGCAAUGCCAAAUUUGCGACCAGAAGUUUGACGUGUUAGAAAAAUUUAUUCGUCACUAUACAAUGUGUCUUAAACCUGAGUAUACCUGUCGCGAGUGUUCUUACAAGACACGUACAAAGAACUGUUUGAUUAAACACAUGAAAUCAGUACACUAUGGUACCGACGUUUUACCAAUAUUUUGUGACAUAUGCUUGAUGAGUUUUGCGACGCAGAGUACUCUUAAGAGACAUAAUCAAACAGUUCAUGUGGACACGUUGAUGAAAUGUCAUGCAUGCGGCAGAAGUUUCCAAUCUAAGGUUUCCUUCGAGAAACACAUAAAUUUGAAAAAUUGCCUGCAAUGUCAAAUUUGCGACCAGAACUUUGACGAGUUAGAAAAAUUUAUUCGUCACUAUACCAUGUGUCUUAAACCUGAGUAUACCUGUCGCAAGUGUUCUUACAAGACACAUACAAAGGACUGGUUGAUUAAACACAUGGAAUCAGUACAUUAUGGUAUCGACGUUUUACCGAUAUUUUGUGACAUAUGCUUCACAAGUUUUUCGACGAAGGGUAAUCUUAUGGCACAUAAGGAAAGAUUUCAUGUGGGCACGUUGAUGAAAUGUCCUGCAUGCGGCAGAGAGUUCCGAUCCAAGGUUUUCUUCAAGAAACACAUAAACUUGAAUAAUUGCCUGCAAUGCCAAAUUUGCGACCAGAACUUUGACGUAUUUUUAAUAGAUUAA